AGUUUGUGUGGUUUAUAUCGCCUUAUGUCUGAUGUUGGGUAUUAUGGACUAUGUACUGUUAUAUUCGGUGGUAUUGAAUCUUGUGCUGACAGUAUCGGCAGUCCCAAGUGUUGACGUCCAGCCGUCGCCCAUUGCCACAGUAACAGAGGGAGCAGUAUUGUGGCUGACCUGUACGUAUGACCUGGACGGAGGGACACUAGGACAGUUACAGUGGAGUGAUAAGGACGGUGGUACUACUGCCACAGCCAUUCCUACAACUACACCUCCAUGUUCUACAUUAUCACCUGAGAACUACCGUAUAGACUGUAACCUGGCCUCUAAUGAAGUCAGACUGGGAAUCCUCAACCCUGUACACGGUGAUACAUACAGCUGUAGUUUCUACCUGUCCGACUUCACACUGAUAGGACCAGUGUCUACACAGGUGUCUGUUGUAGUACCCGUACCAAGCGUUAACUUCACAACCCCUGUCAGUGACACAGUGACAGUGACACCAGGGGGCAGUCAUGUGUACACGUGUGUGACCGGAAGUUGUCGCCCUCCUGCCCGAAUAGACUGGUACAAAGAUGGUGUUAACGUCACAACUCAGACCGGAAGUGUUAGUAGUGACGGGGGCAAUUUUGUGACCACUAGUUCUAUUACACUGACCGGGGCUAAAGGGGACAGUCAAGUCACUAUCCAGUGUAGGGCUAGUAACGUGGACGGAAUGACCCCUGUCCAGUCUGGUGUUAAAACGUUUGUUGUUCAAUGGUCACCAGAUGGACCGCCAGUUAUAUCCGGGUAUAUAAACACCUCCAUCUUGUAUGUGAACGAGACAUUAUCGCUCAGUUGCCGGCAGCAGGGUGGGAACCCUCGGUCUACCCUGACCUGGACAGGAUUGUGUGGGGGAAUCCCCGCCAUAGAUGGCAGCACUGUUACAGAAUCGGUGUCUACCAUCACAGUAACUGUCACGAAAGGAUACAACCAGGGGACGUGUGUCUGUGUGUCUACACAUCCACGACCUCAGGCUCAGGACAGGUCACAGGUCACAUUUACUGUACACUACCCUCCAAGUGUCCCGGUCAUUACCCUGACACCGACACAUCCAUGGUUGGAGGGAGAGAGCGGGACACUAACUUGUAGCUACACUGAGGGUUUCCCAGCUCAUGCCAGGAUUGAGUGGUUCCGUAACGGCCUCCAGACAGGACAGUCAACGCCAUCUAUCUCACUUACUCCUCUCAACAAGGCCGACAACAGAGCUGGGUAUUCCUGUGGUGUGUGGAAUGAUUUCACUGACGUCAAACUUACUAACAUGACGUCAUCUGUCACAUACCUCAAUGUGGAAUAUAAACCGCUGGUGACCUUGAACCCUACCCACCUGACCGUAGUUGAAAGUCAAACUGCACAACUGACAUGUGACGCAGAAGGAAACCCCACACCAACAGUCGAAUGGCUACGUGGAGGUACAUCAGUACAUACAGGACAAGGGACCUCCGUGACCUUGACGUUGAGUGACAUAGAUCGGUCAACGACAGAUAACUACACCUGUCGGGCGGAUGGAGUAUCAUCUGUGCAGGGGAGACAACUAAUCACAAAGAGAAUCGUUUAUUUACUAGUUCAAUAUCCUCCGGAUAUAGUGGUUGUGGCGCCCCCUAAUGUAGAAGAGGGAGACACGGAUAUCCGGUUGAUUUGUCGGACUGUAGGAGAACCAAACACGCUGACAAGUCAGUCCUGGACACAGACCAUUGGCCAGACCCUCAUUGCUGACCAAUUCACAUAUGAAACAACCACACCGGACAAAAUAAUAUUAGAAGAGGUUUCCCUGUACGACACAGGGACGUAUACAUGUAGUGUUAGCAACGGUAUAGCGGACAGACAAGGACAGACUCUACAAUCCAACAGUUCUGUGUUAAAUGUUAAAG